AUGGCAUCUUCAUCAUCAUUUUCUCCUUCUGCUCCAGCCAUUUCUUCUCAAUCAUGGAAGUAUGAUGUUUUUCUUAGCUUCACAGGAGAAGAUACUCGCAAGACUUUUGUGGAUCAUCUCUACACGGCUCUUGAAAACCAAGGAAUCUACGCUUUCAAGGACGAUGAAACACUUCCUCAGGGCAAUUCAAUCCGUCCAUCCCUUUUGAAGGCUAUAGAAGAAUCUCAGAUUGCUGUUGUCAUAUUCUCUGAAAAUUAUGCAGAUUCUUCAUGGUGCUUAGAUGAACUUGUACAUAUUAUGGAAUGCAAGAAAACGAAAUGCCAAAUUGUUAUGCCCAUAUUUUAUGAAGUGGAUCCCUCUGAAGUACGAAAACAGAAACGAAAAUAUGGAGAAGCAUUUGACAACCAUGAGUUGGAGAACAAGAAGAAAAUUAAAUCUUGGAGACAAGCUUUUGUGGAUGACCCUUGGGGAUGGCUCUCUGCACCUCGAGAACAGAGUCGGAAAUACCAUGAAGCCUUGGCCAAGCAUGAGUUGGAGAACAAGGCCAAGGUUGAAUCUUGGAGAAAAGCACUUGUGGAUGCAAGUAACAUUUCUGGAUGGGAUCCCAAGCAUGUUGCCAACGGAUAUCUUUCUUUGUUUUUGCACUUUUUAUUCUUAAAUUAUAUGCAUGAAGCAAAGGUCAUCAAAGAAAUUGUUGACCACAUUUCACACAGCUUACAACGAGUAAUUCCAAGUACAAAUGGCAAUCUGAUUGGAAUAACGGCUCGUGUUCAAGGUUUGAAAUCGGAUUUACGAAUUGGAUCGGGUGGUGUGCACAUGGUUGGGAUAUGGGGGGUUGGGGGUGGUGGUAAGACUACUCUUGCAUCUUCUGUUUAUGAUGAAAUCUCUAGCAACUUUGAUGGCUUUUGCUUUGUCGAAAAUAUUCGGGAGGAAUCAAUAAGUAAGAAUGGUUUGGAAAAACUACAAGAAAAAAUUCUUUAUGGUAUUUUGAAGCGAAGGCAAGUGCAGGUGGGGAGAGUUGAGGAGGGAAAACGAAUGAUAAUGAGUAGGUUAUGCCAUAGAAAGGUCUUGAUUGUUCUUGAUGAUGUCAAUUGCAUUGAACAACUAAAAGCGUUGGCUGGAUCACAUGAUUGGUUCGGUGAAGGAAGCCGAAUAAUUAUCACAACUAGAGAUGUGCAUUUAUUAAAUAUUCACAAAGUCGACGUGAUACAUGAAAUUACCUUGUUAAAAAAUGUUGAGGCCAUGGAUCUCUUCUGCAAGCAUGCACCUCGGGGUGACAAACGUAUAGAAGAUUAUGAGCUACUCUCAAAAGAAGUUGUUUACUAUGCUGGUGGGCUCCCAUUAGCACUUACAGUUCUUGGUUGUUUUCUAUGUGAUAAAGGUAUUAACGAGUGGAGGAGUGCGUUAGCCAGACUGAAAAAGAUCCCAGAUACCAAUAUUGUGGAAAAGCUAAAAAUCAGCUUUGAUGGACUUCAAAAGGAUGAGAAAGAGUUGUUCCUUGAUAUUGCAUGUUUCUAUAGAGGACAGUAUAAAAAUGAAGGGAUAAUGGCGAUGCUUGAUGCUUGUGGUUUUCACCCUGUUAUAGGAAUAGAGGUGUUGAGACAAAAGGCUCUCAUAACUAUUUCUAGGAAUGGAAGAUUUGAUAUGCAUGAUCUGGUGCAAGAUAUGGGACACCACAUUGUUAGAGGGGAACACCCUAGCAAUCCUGGAAAACAUAGUAGAAUUUGGAAGAAGGAAGAUGUUGUAAAAAUAUGUGCUAUGGAUGCAACGACGGAACUUGACAUGAUUGAAGCGAUAAGAUUUGAAGACAAUAGUUAUGGUUCAGUAAAACUUGUUCCUCCAAUUGUUGUGAACAUGAAAAACCUUCGGUGGAUUGACUGGAGAGGUAAUCUUGCAACUCCUUUUCCUACUAAAUUUCCAUCGGUGGAGCUUUGUUGUCUAAGAUUGGAUGGCGUCUCGCACAAACAACUUUGGGAGGGUUAUAAGCAUCUGCCGAGUUUGAAAGUUAUGGAACUCUAUGGCUUGAAAAACUUAAUCAAGACACCAGAUUUUGAUGGACUUCCGAAUCUUGAAAGAUUUAUUCUUAAUGGUUCUCCAUAUAUAGAAGAGAUUCAUCCGCCAAUUCAACGCUUGAAAGUGAUGGAACUCUAUGGUUUGGAAAACCUAAUCAAGACACCAGAUUUUGAUGGACUUCCAAAUCUUGAAAGAUUCAUUCUUCAUAAUUCUCUGCAUAUAGAAGAGAUUCAUCCAUCAAUUCGACGCUUGGAAAACCUUAUUUUCUUAUGUAUAGAUGAUUGUCCAAGUCUUAAGAUAUUUCCACCCGUUACCCAACUAAAUAAACUCAUGACCUUUUUGUUAUCAGAUUGCCCCAAAAUUGUUAAGCUCCAACAACAGAACAUGAGCAAUUUACCCCAUCUUCAUUUGGAUAAUAGUGGAAAAGAAGUUGCAUCUUGUAAAAAAAAUUCAACCAACUUUUCUGUUACUUGCUUGGCAUGUGGUGACACUGAAGUUAAGAAAUCAGGAGAUGACUUCAUUGAUGUAGAAGAAUGUUGUUUAGAGGAGCCUUUUCUACCUCACAGCAACAUGAAUCACCACACAAUGUUGCAGUUUUUUUCCAGAGGCUUAAGAAAUUUGCAUCUCUGGUACUGCAAUUUGGGAGAUAAAGAGAUCCGCUCUGCUGUUUGGGAUUUACCUAACUUGGAAAAACUCAAUCUAUCAGGAAAUAAUUUUUCACAACUAAAUUUUAGUCUCUUUCAGCUUCCUCGGCUCAAAUGGCUCAAUGUGUCCCGCUGUGAAAAACUUGUAGAAUUGUCCGAGUUGCCAUCAAGUAUAGCCGUUCUUAGAGCAGAUUGGUGUACAUCACUUGAAAGCCUUGGAGAUGUUUCAAACUGUAAGUUGUUGUGGAGCCUCUCACUUUGCAAGAACAAGCUUGGUACACUUGUUGGUGACAUAUUACUAGACUCCAUGCUCCAGGGAAUUGCUCUUGAAGGUCAUUUUGUCAGUGUCACUCUUGAUCAUCAGAAGAUCCCAAAAAGGUUUGCAGGUAGGCUGUUUAGGGGGGAAACAUUUACACUGCAUCUUCCACAUGAUUGGUACAAUGACUUUUCUGGGUUCUUAAUAUGCAUUGUAACCCACAUGAAAUCUCCAUAUGUUGAUAUAAUUAUCAAGCAACAGCCUGAUGAAGAUCCACCAUUUGAGCUUAUGCAAGAGUCAAAUGAAUAUGAUGGAAAAACAAUAUUCAUAGGAUAUGUUUCCUUUGGUUCAUUGAGGCAGACCUCAUUGGUGACUUCACCAUACAAUAUCAUUUCAUUUUCCUUACACAGAGGAUAUGUGUGUUCAUUAGAAGCUGAGAGUUAUAUUGGAGCUGAGCUUGUUCCUAGGGUAAAUAAAGGUGAUCAGGUGCAAACAACAAAAGUAGCAGCAGAUUGCUCAGAAUUUUGGGACAAUGAACGUGAAGAUAGAAGUACAUUUACACUCAAACAUGAUUCACAGUCUUCUAUCAAGAUCUUAUGGCAACCUUACUUCUGCCUACAGAAAGUAGUUGUGAAAGUGGGUGUACACAACGAUAGAGAAAAACGGAGGGCUAUGAAAGCAGCUAUCAGCCUUGCAGGUGUUGAGUCCUUAGCAAUGAACAUGCAUGACAAGAAAAUGACAUUGAUCGGAGACAUUGAUCCAGUUGAUGCCGUCAGAAAACUUAGAAAAAUUUGCAACGCAGAGCUAGUGACUGCUGGACCAGCCAAGGAAAUGGUGGAGAUCGAGUUUCCAUUCACGGUUGCAGACCUUGUGAAGGAUGCAGUCAAAGGACUUCCUUGA